AACGCCUUCCCAAUUGCAAGAACAGGUGUUGAACAUAAUAAAAGAAUGCCCAUUUCGUUAAUUAAUCGAGUAGUCAUCGAACAGAGCAAAGGAUGAACAUGAAUACCUCAUUAGUUUUCCUGCUAUUUCUCUCCAUCAGCGCGAUCUGCGAAGGCAAUUAUGGGAGAAACGAGGAUGCAAAACCCGAUAAAAUCAGGCGCACACGUCCUGGAAGAGAAGAAGCAUCUUCAGAAGUCGGACAAGAUGCAGCAAACAUCGCACCCUCGGCUGAAAAAACAUCUGUCAAUAAAGAACAUGUCAAGGGUAUGUUAAACGAGAUGGAAAAGAAAAUGAAACCUUACUUAAGAGAUGCCGAAGAAAGCGUCAUGCCCUCAAAAGCCGAAAUGAAACAAAGGUUACGCAAGAAGAAAGAACAGAUGCAUGCUGAAGCUACAAAGAAAUAUGGUAGAAAGGUUGUAGAUGAUGCCGAUGAAAAACUUAUCGCUAUUCAUCACCGAAAAAGAAGUCAGAAAAAGGAUUCCGAAGAAGUAAAGGCUAUACGUAAAUUAGAGGAAAAAGUGAGAUCUUUACACGCAGAAGGAAGAUCUGAAGAUGAAGAUGUGAAGGAAUUAAACAAGCAAUUAGUUACACUCAGAAAGAGGAUAUUGAGAGAGGCCGUCAAAGGUAAUGCAUUGAACAAGGAUAAUGAAGAAAUAAAAAAAAUGCUGGAGAAACGUAAGGCAAGAAAAUCCAAUGUUAAGAGCCGUCAAGAUUUUUCUACGAGUAACAAAGCAAAGAAUGUUAAACAUGGAGGACAAAUGAAAAAACCUAACCGUAAUCAUUCUCCAAAUAAAGCGAAGCCAAUAAUAGCAAACCUUGGUUAAGGAACCAUACAGUUGAUAUAAUUAAAUAAGGAUGAAGAUUCUCUUGGUUCAUGCUUUCGGUUCUUCAAUAAAAUUUCUUUUAAAUAAUGUAAUUUAAUAUUAUAAAUGUAAUAAUUUAUGCAAAUUAUUGUAUAAAUUACAUUAAUAAUAUUAUACUUUAAAUUAAAACAGCAACUGUAAUAAAUUACAGUUGUGAA